CACCGAAGACAAACCGAUCAGACACGCACACAAGGGUUUUUUUUCCUUCUUCUUGUUCGAAGUCAUUCGUAUCUUACCAAAGUAGCAUUUGUCUUUCAAGAAGCCACCUACCUCCACCAGAAAAAAAUUUAAAAGGACAGCAAACUACCAACAAUCUGCAAACCAAGGGGUGGGCAAGGAAGUUACUGGCCCGGCCCGAACGACUUACCUGUUGCACAGAAAGGACACACCUGUGUGGGGAGGGACCUAUAGAGGAGAGAGAGACACACACACAGAGGGGGGGUUGAUUCCACCCAGGUGGAACUCGCCGAGUGGCGGCGGCUGGUUUUACCCUCCAGACGGGAAAGUCCAGUUUUACUGCGGUGGUGCAGCUUCGCAAAAUGGCACAACCGGACUCGGACAAUAAGCGCGGGGUGGUGGUGCGACAUGGAGGAGGCGGUGGUGGUGGAGGUGACGCGGCGGCGUGUACGCGACGCGCCUACACGAGUGAGGACGAGGCCUGGAAGAGCUACCUGGAGAACCCCCUGACGGCCGCCACCAAAGCCAUGAUGAGCAUCAACGGGGACGAAGACAGUGUGGCCGCCCUCGGCCUACUCUACGACUACUACAAGGUGCCGCGAGAUAAACGUCUGCUACCAGUAAAGGGCUCUGAGAACGGAGACUUGGAGCCCAAACGGCUUCUGACCGCAAUGGGCACGAGCGACACGGGGGAGUUGCACCGUCUGGUGGGCGCAGGCAUAUCCGGGCCACAGGGCAUGGGGUCCCAGCCGUCGGGCAUCAAGACGGAAAAGGCCAUCUCCUACAACGUGACGGUGGCUCAGCCCUCCGUGCAGUUCUACGAGCGCGAGGAGCAGCGGCCCGCCAUUCUCUACGAGCGCACGCACAUGACGUUCGACAUCGACCACGGGGCCGGCGGCGUGGGGCCCGGGCCGGCGCCACCGCAGGUCACGCAGGCCCAGCCGGGCGUGGGGCAUUACCUGAAGGAGAACGAUGACCGGCGCUCACCUGACAACGGGUCCCUCGACCAGGGCCCCGGCCUCCAGGAGACAUACCACUUCAGCGAGCUGACCAAGUUCCGCGCUCAGCCAGCAGACACGUCCGACUACGAGACAGCGUCCGGGGAGUAUUUUGAGUACACCCUGGAGGCGUCCAAGUCCCUUCGGCAGCGCCCGGGCGAGGGCCCGCUCACCUACCUCAACAAGGGCCAGUUCUACGCUAUUUCCCUACGCGAGCUGGGAGCCAACAAGUGCCUCCGUCACCCCAUGAGCAAAGUUCGGAGUGUGAUUAUGGUGGUGUUCGGGGAAGACAAAAGCCGCGAGGAGCAGCUCAAAUACUGGAAGUACUGGCACUCACGGCAACACACGGCCAAGCAGAGAGUCAUUGACAUCGCCAGCAUCGGGACUCAAGCUGACUACAAGGAGAGCUUCAACACCAUCAGCAACAUCGAGGAGAUUGCAUACAAUGCCAUCUCCUUCACCUGGGACGUGAACGAGGAGGCCAAGAUCUUCGUGGCCGUCAACUGUCUGAGCACGGACUUCUCGUCGCAAAAGGGCGUCAAGGGCCUGCCGCUGAGCCUGCAGAUCGACACCUACAGCUACAGCAACCGCAGCAACAAGCCCAUCCACCGCGCCUCGUGCCAGAUCAAGGUCUUCUGCGACAAGGGUGCGGAGCGCAAGAUCCGCGAUGAGGAGCGCAAGCAGAUGCGCAAGAAAGCCAAGGGACAGGCAGCCGUGUCACUGUGCAACGCUUCGGGUGACAUGAAGUCCCCGGCGGUGGCGGCCGUCAAGAGGAGCGACCUCACCCUCUUCAAGGCGCUGUCCGACCUAAGCUCACAGCCCGUGCUCUUCAUCCCCGACAUCCACUUCACCAACCUGCAGCGCUCCGCACAGGGGUUUUCGAGCACUCCCGAAGAUGUGGAGAGGGACGGCAGCGUGAUGCUCAAGCGCCCUCCGCAUUUUUUCAACGAGGAGUUUGCGUCACCCGCGAAGCAGCUGAAGGAGGAGCCUCUGAAGAAAGGUGGGAGCUCCCAUCACCAUGGCGACCGAUAUAACGCCCCGAGACUCAUGCUGCUCUACGUGAGGCGGCCGUCGGACGAGGUGUUUGACGCCCUCAUGCUGAAGACUCCCAACCUGGCGGGGCUCAAGGAAGCCAUCUCAGAAAAGUACGGGGUGUCCUUAGAAAGCAUCAGAAAGAUUUACAAGAAAUGCAAAAAAGGAAUGCUCGUCUACAUGGACGACAACAUCAUCGAGCACUACUCGAACGAGGACACCUUCCUGCUGGAGAUGGACGACUUGGAUGGAGGCAUCAAGGUGACCCUCACCGACAUCUAGGGGCGAGCGGCAUCGUGCGACGCGGCCACUCCCCCCCACCCCCCCACCCCCCCGCUCGUCCACAGCCCAGAAGCUCAUCGACAACCACGACGGCACGGCGACACCCGCCGCUCUCCGCCACGCCCUGCACAACCGGCACGCUUCACCAGGGCUGGCCAAUGUCCGCCGUCGGGAGGUCGUGAGUUAAAAUCCCGGUCGUGAUCAACUCAUUUUCAUCAUCGUCGUCGUCGUCGUUAUGACCGCCGUCACGGUCUCCUCUCGAGGGUUGGUAAAGUGAGCAAGCGGAGAGAAUCGCCCACGCGAGUGGCGCGUCGAUUCGUCGCCAACGUCCGCGAUCGUGUAUGUGAAGCCGAACACAAAUCCGUUGAUUUGGUGAAAAGCGUGGGGAAGAAACCAAGUGAGUGGGUGGGCACUAGGAGAAAAGUUAAAUCCAGCGCAGUGGAAGAACGCUGCAAAUUCCAAAUCGCAGGACAAUUAAACAGCCGGGCAGGGGAACUAACGCUAACAGCACGAUUAAAAAAACACCUCAUAUAGUCUAAUUUCUAAAACGUUUCUACCAAUGCCAUUCUGUGGAAUAGAAUUUAAUCGAUGCGGGAGAAAUGACAAAUCGAGCACAGACAUCGUAGAAUUCCACGUAAACAGAGGUGUCGUUGCUUGUAAGUGGGGUUCCUCUUCAGGUUUCGAACGUUGCUUAGAAAUCCCGAGGCUCGUUUCACAAUCGCCUCGAGCGAGGUGUUCCCGCAGCUUUGCUCGGUGUCUCCCAUGGUCAGCGUUGCAUCCGUGGUGCUUUUUGGCCGUUUUCAAUUUUCUGCUGUUAUCCCCGGCACCGGGGAGGGUUCAUUUUACCAACCUCGGAGAGAUGACGAUGACGACGACAGUGAUGAUGAUGAUGAUUAGGCACGUAUCGAUGUGUCGAUUCUUCAAUUUAAAUAGAUUCUUAUGCUUACGAAUUCAGGCCUUUUGAAUCGAUCGAGCACGUGAGAAUCGGUUAUCUAAGAUUUAUACAAAUUAUAUGCAAAUGCGGUGCUAAUGUUACAUUUAGUCUUGUGGAGUGAGAACAAAUCUGUACAAAAACCGGGACCCCCAACGCGUGAGAAAACAAUACCAACGAGAGACGGUUCAUUGAGAUGGAUAAAUAGUCUGCUCUUGACUCGAAUAGCGAUGCCCAAAACAUGACAAUUCAUCGGAUCGCUGGAGCGGGUGAAUUGUUGUUAUACGCUUCGUCGCGACGGUGGCGAUUGUGACGCUGAUGACGGUGGAUGGUGUCCUAAAGCCUGGGGUUUUUGGGCGAUCGUUUUUAUUGCUGUUACACGCCGCAUAUUCUCUGUGCCAUUUGAAACACUCACCUUGCCGCCAGUUAAACACGGUAUCGUUUUAAAGCGGCGAAAACAAAACAUGCACAUACACACACACGCACGGACAAACGCACACACAGACAACAGAAACAAUCACAGAGGAAGACGGAUAAGUUGCGGCUGGGUCAGCUGUUACUGUGAUGUUUUUAUUUCUUCCUUUUUGGAGCAGGAGCCACAGAAGGGGGUUUAUGGUCCAACUUGUAAGAGUCUACUGCCUAAACCAAACCCUCACUCUCAUUUACUUUCACUCGAUCGCCCGCUCGCUCGCUCACCCACCCAACUCUCGCACUAAAUCACCCAGCCAUUCACGAACUCAGUCGCUCAAAUGCAUGGCUUGAGCCUGCACCGGGAGUGGAGGGUAGUACAGCAAGUAGGUUGGAUAACAAGGCGUACAGUGAUUUGCACCAGACAUUCAAUUUUUUCCACUACUGGAAUGCAAGCCAACAAGUCAAUACACAUUUGAUAAGCAACCAAGCUGUUUAAGUCCUUUAGAAAGUCAUAACCACAACAUGAUUCAGUGUCUACACAGGCUGGCUGGUCAGUUAUGUUUACCUGUAGUCACAAGGCGGUUUUUCUGCAGCCCCCACUCCAGUUUCCUCCCGCAUGCCAAGCACGAAUGGAAUUUGUCGAACAUCGAUAACCCACCACGCAUACGGUCCAGUCUUUGCACAGAUGGAUUUCAAAGAGGCGUUUGCUGUACUGCCAUCUCCUGGCCACUUCGCAAGUCUGGUAGUGUCACAAACCCUUGCACGGGAUUGGCGGCCUCAUUUAAUUGAAAUCCGAAUCUUAGACGCCAUCCGUUUUUUAAGCCCUUUUUCUCAUGCUUAGAUCCAGGAACAUGAACACCACGUGCGUCGUUCAUGUUAAAUCCAUCUCUCAUCAUCCCCUCUGUGGUUCCUCUUGAGCGUAAUGCCGAUCGCUUGCUCGUUAUAAUGACAGACUUUAAGGUAGUACUUGUUUUGUAAAUUCUAUUAGGGUGUUUGGAAAAUAAGCCAUUUUCUAACAAUCUUUGUAAAUAAUGUGCAAUAUAUCAUAUUAAAAAAAAGUAUAGAUCGUUUUAUUUUUCAUAAGUAGGGGUGACUUGGGAAACUUAUUUUUUAUUUUAUUUUUCGUUCUGGUUUAUUGUUGGGGAAGAUGGAAACCAAACACUUCCAGGAUUGAAUAACAAUGCUGUAAUAAUCCAAAUAACACGAAAAGAACUACUCUGUACUUAAACAACCCGGUUUAUACAUCUGUCUGUACAUGCAAUUUGUUUUAAUGUUUACAUUAUGCUGUAUUCAGGUUUCUGUGGGAAUGUGUCUGACUUGGUUCUGCCAUUCCAAACUGUUACUCAUGAUUGAUUUGUCGGUCGGGCCCACAUAAUGAUCUGGGCCAAAUUUGUGUUGUGAAGGCCCUUCACCACCUGACACAGCCAAACAAUUUCAAUUUUCCCGUGCACAAGUGUCUAACCUGCCGGUUGCAUUUGUUUCAGCUCACUCGGCGGUGAUUUGAAUAAUAAUUCUUGCAACCAAAUGUAGCAGUCGUGUCUAUUGUGACAAAAUUCAAGGUCGAAUCUUAAUAUUGGCUGUGAAAACCGACAUGUUAAGGGAACAGUCAUUCUUCAGGUAAUGAGAAAGAGAAGAAAGAAUCAUGUUUUUUUCCCUUCACAUUUACAAAGUCGUAAUGCCUGAAGAGAAGUAUAUAGCCGAUGGCGCAUCGGUCAGUUUGGCAUACAGGAUAAUGUGGGCCAAUUUUGCAUAUCUCGCUCAUUCAAAUGACUGUCCAAUUAAAAUAAUUCAUUAGAAUUUUCUUUCUCUGCUUCUUAGUUGAGAUCAAAGUGGCUCCGAUGUGUGUGGGAGAUGGGGGGUGGGGUGCAGUCCAGGCAGUCCAUGUGACCUGUCAGGCAAGCCCCUGUGACGUGUCAGGCAGCCCAAGCCGUUACGACAUGCAGCGUGACAGAGCAAUUGGCGGCUCGGGCAUCUUGCUGGGCCUCAACUCUGCAUCGUGGCUCGCGACUGGCUGCCUAUCACUUUGUUCAACAGUUACACAAUUGCCUGCGUUGCUGUACUUGCCAUAGCGUCUCAUUUGAAAAAGGCGACGCUCACCGUGGAUAAUUCCGGCCAUGGCUGUUGCCUGAACACUGAGGCCGAGUUGCAGCAUGCUGAGCGUUCCUCGCAGGGCACACACACGAAGCACCGUGGCAUUCCACCUGAAUGCCCUUGCGCCCCCCUUGCAUGUGUUUGGGUCAGCGCGACCUUGGCAAAGCCAUCGUGAAUCAUGGCCAGGGUCAUGCAGAUUCUUUGGGGUUCAACGUCAGGUCAGACAUGGGCUUCAAUUAUUUUUUUGUGGGUGGUGGUGGUGGGUUAAACUUACCGCAGUAUAAGAGUUAUUAAGGGGGGGGGGGGCGGGUGGUAAAUGGGGCUUUACUGGGCUUUAUAGCUAGCUUUGGGGAUGGUUUUAAUUUUAUAAAUAAAGCAUUACAAAAUAAAGUAUAAAAAAGUGUACAACAAAAAAAAAUCCACGUUCAUUUACCAGGUGCAUUGGCUUUUUUUCUUUUCUUUUUACGUGCACACGCAUUGUACGGUGUGCUUAUGCAUAUAUAUUCACACGAGGAGGGGGAAAGUUAUUGGAGAGUCGAGUAAAAUAAUUUGACGACGUGUGCGAGGUGACGAGUUAAUGUGGGGGGGGGGGGGUUGGUGUUUUUGGGUGGCAUAGUAGACACCCACACAUAAAGAAACACGCAACGAUAUCAAUAACACAUUGAGGGAUUUCAUUUAUUUGGAGAAAUAAAACAUUCACAUGUUGGGUGUUUCUGGGCCAGAAACAUCCCUCUGAGUCUUUGUUUUUUCGUUCCGAUUAUGAGGAGGCCGUGGUGAAGGUUUCAGGCACUGAACCUGCCUGCCAUUGUUACAUAACCUGUACUUCCUUCCCCCCCCCCCCCAUCCAUUCUUGCUGUUCAUAUUAGAAUUUAUGCUUCAUAGAGGACAUUGUUUUUUUUAUACUGUACCAGGGUACAAUAAAUAAGACAUUGGUGAAAGCCGA